AUGAUUCGCACUCACUUAAAAGAAGUGAGCCUCCGAGUCUUGUCUUUUCACGAUUUUCAUAACCUAACUUCCGUCAUGUAAGUACGAUUGGUAUAUUAUCAGAACUGUUGUAGAAAUUGGCCAAAUACAUAACAGAGGGAGUUCUGCAUCUUCCUUCGCAAUAGCCCCACAAAAUAUAUAAGUAUGAGGAUGUAUAUUAUAAACAUAUACAGUCGCUGUCAUCUUAUAAGGAAUCACACACGUUCACUGCGCUCACUCGUUCAAUUUAGGAUACGUUAACAGCUUACAAUUGUGCAAAACCGCACGAGUACACUUUUCAUCAAGUAUUCUAUAUAAAACUCAAUUAUUGGUGUCCUUGCUAUUAGUUGCUUCGCUCGAGGGAAAUCGGGCUUUGAUAUCAAUAAGAAAGACUUAACUAUCCAUUUUUCGUUCUCUUUUGUAGAACCAUGAAUGAUGGUAAAAUUGGUACCAUGAAAGUUUUGGAGUCAUUUCAACGAGAGCGCUGCACUUUUCAUCUGUUAGUAACUUUCUUUAAUACAGUAAAACAAUAUUCUAGUAUGCGGUUGCAUUGUCGUUGACCUUCAUUUACUGAGUUACUUUAGCUUCAUGCAUCAACUCGAUGUAAACUAUACUGAAGCGAGAUGAAGUUAAAUUUUGCCGAAUCCAUUUUCUCAACUCGCACUGUGAGGUAUAGGUAAUCUGUAUUUUUGUCCCUUUUCUGCCUCAUUUUCAAAUACUGGUCAUUCUCUGAUCCGAGCUAUUAUAAAUAUCAUCUGUCUUUAUGUUGAAAGAGCAUUGUAAUACAAGUCGAACCUCUCGUAAGCAACCACCCAGAAAUCGACAGAAAGCUAAGCUGUAGUGGUCGCUUCUGGAGGAGGUCGCUAACGAGAAUCGAACCAAAAAUGGUCUCUUCCGAAAAGAGGGGUGGACACAUCUACUUUUUGCGAGAGAAUUUUCUUGCAGGCAACUUCUAAGGUACGACGAGUGUUCUCCCAUUUGAUUCGAGGUCUUGUUAUUCAGAUCACAGGUAUAAUUUUAGACCAAAUUGCACUUCACUCAGUUCCAUUUAUAUUAACUUAGUAGGGAAACAAAAAUCACGAAAAGAGUAACCGCUUUAAAAAAGCUCAUCAAGGGAUAUCGAAACGAUGGCUUGCUUGCUGAUUGCACGAUGCUAGCGAAAGUGAAUGUUUGGAACUCUUUAGAAAGUACACGUCUUAACACCGGAUGCAAAUGUUUGGCCGUAUUGAUCCACAGAGAUCCGUGUAACGUUUCAUAGAGUGGGAGAUUUCGCUUGCGACAGCAGGUCGCCCAUGAUGGUUCGACUGUAUUAAAUUAGUUAUCUUUGAACAUAUAUUUGAGCCAAUAUAUCAAAUAGCUUCAUUUAAAAACUCGUUAACUCAUUUAGCAAUUUAGCAGAUUUUGAUGACUGCUAUUUCCUUGGAUAUGACGUAGAUAUUGCUUGCAAAAACCUGAAAAUUCCACAGAUUGCAGCCUAAGUUUAGCAACCUCGGCUUUAAACUUGUGAACUCAAUCUAGAUAUGUCUUCUUUCUUUAGUUCAUAUAGUGAAAAUUGCAGUUAGUGCAAACCACCAAAUAAUACAAAACACGUUCGAUAAAUACGAUGUAUUAAUCUUUUGAACGACCUUAAUGUCAAUUUGUUACAUUUCUUAAACGUUUUUUUAACUGAAACAUUUAUAUCUUUCAAUUUAGCGGCUUGGGCCAAGAUAGCUCUAGUUACCUUGACAUUCAGGAUAAGGAUGUACGCAAGUCAUUUAAGCUAGUGGGUUUUGCGAAUACAACUCUUGGUGGCCACAAGUUACUACCAUGUUCACUUGGUACUUUUGUAAAUGCAAGUCGUCUAGAAUGCGUCGAAUGUCCUGCG